AUGGAACGUGAUUCUCAUGAUGAAGGAAGCAUGGAACAAUAUUUUGAUGAUGAAGGAGGCAUAGAAGGUGAUUCUGAUGAUGAAAGUAAGAGUAUGGAGGAUAAUUAUGAAGAUGCAGAAAGCAUAGAGCAUGAUUCUGAUGAUCAAGAUUCCACAGAAGACAUGGACCAAGAAGAUGUAUGCAAAGAACAUGUUGCAGUGAAGAUGGAGAGCAUUGAAGAUAACACUGUAGUUGAUUUCACAGCAGUUCUCUUGGACAGUAUUCAUCCAGCAACUGCAAGAAUUAGUGACCCAACCAAUCAGAGACAUCGUUCAACUGAGAGGGUUCGUCUACUGGUAAAUCUGUUGAAGAGAGAUUCUCCUCACCGAGAAUUUUUACGUUUGUUGAAGCGUCCUAUAAUCAAGCUUGUGAAAGAGAAAGAGAGCAGAGCACAUGAGGCAUCUCAAUGGUUGACACGAGAGGCACUUGACAUUAAAGAGGUUCAAGAAAGUGGAACAUUUAGACAAGCCUGUUGGCAACGCUUAACAGCAACUGUAGCCCCAUUCCUGGCUGAAGUGAUCGCCACCUGUGACAUCAGCAACAAUCUUAGUCUCCUUAAUAGGCAAGAAGCUGACAACGCUUGGCUGCACAAACUUUGGCUGAGCAUCUUUUCAUCUGUAGAUCUGAUUAACAUCAAUUAUGACAUGUGUUUGUCUCCUGUGGAGAAAGUCCAAAGGUCUGAGGUGCAGCUUCAACAGAAAGGAUAUGGUGGCAAGUCAUUCAAGGCUCUCUUUCCAUUCUCAUGGAUUAUAAAGGCAAAAUUGGAUGAUAUUUGGAAAUUUGCCUCAGAAGCCAAAGUUGAAGCAGAGGCAACGCCAGAUCAGCAGUUUUUGAAGAAUGUUCAGGAAUCUGAAGUUGGAAGGAAACUCCAGACAGCCAUCACUAUUGGUGGAGUUCAGAAGGUUGUCCAACUCUACUGUUCAGAUUUCGUCAGGAUGACUUGCAAGAUCUCCCAAGAAGAUCAGCACAAGUUGAUCUGUGACCAUAUAAUAAAUGCAUCUUAUUCAAUUGUACGAGAGCUGGGAGGUCAAGUUGACAGUGUGAACUCUGUUGCUGCUAUACAUUUAGCAUUCAACAGAUUUCAAGCAAGGUUUGAACAUCUCUCACAACUUGGUAGUAUCUGCCAAAAUGUCUUGAAUAAAAAACCAAAACCAGAUGAAGGAGGAUUAGAUACAAAAGAAAUGGUAAGACCAGUAACCAAUGUGUUAUUUCUAUAUUGA